GUUCAUCACACUUCAACACUCUUAACUCCCCCAAAACCCAAUACAUUCUCUCUUAUUCUAUGCAUCUUUCUUUUCCAAAAUCCCACCUUCAUAAUUCAUUUGUGCUUUGAAUUCUCCUCCUUUUUCUCCCUCCUCUUUACCUAUUUCUACUCCUCUUACUACACCCCAUAAUCUUCCACUCCCUCUUUCUUCCCUCUUCUUUCUCUCUCUAAAAAACUCAUCAUUCUCUCUUUCCUUUAUUUUAUGCUUCUUCAAUAAGCCCAUAACUCCAUCCACCCAACUCAUUUCUUCAAUCAUACCCUUCUUUCCCUCUCUAGAAAUGGCUAGAGAUCAAACAACAUGGUUAAGUAGGCUAAAGACACAAAUCUCCCAUAAGCUUAUUAACCCAACUACAAAUAAGCUUAAUAUUACUAGAUCAUCAAAAUCUAGAAAUGUUGGUGUAUUAGCUUUUGAGAUUUCAGGGCUUUUUUCAAAGCUAUUAGCACUUCAUCAGAAUCUGUCUGAUAAAAAUAUUGUUAGAAUAAAAAAUGAGGCAAUUUCAUUAGAAGGGGUUAGAAAAAUUGUCUCUAAUGAUGAAUCAUUUCUUCUUGGGUUAGCUUGUUCUGAAAUGAUUCAAAAUUUACAUAUUAUUUCGAAGACGGUAGCGCGGCUGAGCAGCCGUGCUAUGGACCUGACACUCAGGUCAUUUCCUGAGUGUCUUGAGGAUUUUGCUAGCACGGGACGAGACCAAUAUAAUUGGUCUGUCCCAUGCGGAAAAGACCUUGAGGGGUUAGUUCGUAGAGUUGACCGAUACAUCGCAGCAACUUCUGCGUUGUAUCGGGAACUUGAGGAGCUUAAUAGUCUUCAAAAUAGCCUUAAAAAAACGUCACAUGAAGGUGCUUUAGAGGUUCAACAGAAGAUUGUUUGGCAAAAGCAGGAAAUUAAACGUGUGAAAGAAAAGUCUAUUUGGAGUAGGAGUUAUGAUUCGGUUCUUCUUCUUUUAGCACGGUUAAUGUUUACUGUCCUUGCAAGAAUCAAAUUUGUGUUCGGGAUCGGAAACACUUAUUACUCUCUACCAAGCACGCUACCCAGAAGUUUGUCGGCUUCUGCGACAGUCUUCCCAUCUUCGGAUCUAAGCAAUGUUAAUUCGUUUGUGUCGGGACCACUGACGUCCAACCCUCCCCGCCCCAACAAGAGGAGGAGUGGAAGUGGGACCGGAACCAGAACGGGAACUGAAAUCGGGUUUUUCGAGUCUAGAACAAAAGAUUUAAAGCCUCCUCCAACAACAUUGGGGGCGGCCGCUCUUUCAUUACACUAUGCCAAUUUAAUAAUCGUCCUAGAGAAAAUGAUCAAGUCACCCCACUUAGUGGGGCUAGACGCGAGGGAUGAUGUUUAUGCUAUGCUUCCUAAUAGCAUAAGAUCCUCCCUUUGCGCCAGGCUAAAAGGAGUCGGUUUUUCAGCAACCGAUCCCAAUUUAGCAGCGGAAUGGAGGGAUGCCCUCGGACGAAUCCUUGCGUGGUUGGGACCACUUGCUCAUAACAUGAUCAAAUGGCAAAGUGAAAGGAGUUUUGAGCAACAACAUCUUAUGCCAAAAUCAACAAAUGUUUUGUUAUUACAAACAUUAUAUUUUGCCAAUAAAGAGAAGACUGAAGCAGCAAUUACAGAAUUACUAGUUGGGUUAAAUUACAUAUGGAGAUUUGAACGUGAAAUGAAUGCUAAAGCAUUGCUUGAAUGCUCCAAUUUCUUCUUCAACAACAAGAACAGUUCACCUAUCAAUUUAAAAUCUUAGUAUUAAAUUACCUUGUAAUUUUGGGUUAGUUCCUAUUUUUUGGGUUGUUUUGAUUGAUUUUAGUCUUGAUUUUUGUUAUUAAUGGGUUAAUGUAGAAAUUUAAGAUCUCAUUAAAUGAGAUUAAAGGGUCAUUAUUAAAAGAAAUUUGACCCUAAAUUUGUAUAGUCUGUAGUAGUAUUACUCCUUUAUACUUAAAUAGUACAAAAAUUAAAAAGUUUGAUGUUGUACAUGGGAUACAAUGGUUGAGUAAAAUUUAAGUAAAAUAAUUAAUAAAAUUAUCACCUC